UCGUUUCUUUUUCUUCCAAUAUUCGAGGGCAGAAAGGAAGCGCGCCGCUCUCCUUUUUUCCUCGUAUGUAGGGGCGAGGUAUUAAAAUGAAUCGCUCUUCCGGAUCGGCACUCAUUGAAAGUUGGAUACAGCCGGCGACGAGGCGAAAAGAAAGGCGACAAUGUCGGCGGCUACGAGCACCGUGAUGACUUUUGUGUUCCUCCUGGCUUUAUCGAUCGGUACCUCCCAUGCACAGUUGAAAUCCAGCUGCAAGAUAGAGCAACUUCGUGACUGUGGCUCGGACUACGUGCCCUUCGUGACGCGCACAUACCUCCACGAGGGAGGAGAAAAGUUCAAGGAGGCAUGCGAGCUAGACAGCAAGCAGAUCGCUUGCACGCUCAAGUUCGUCGAGGAAUGCCUGGAGGGUCUGCCUCGGGUCGCCGCCCAGCUGGCCAUCAAGGCGAUGGAGGAGAGCUACGAGGCGACUUGCACCGAGGGCACCGACCAGAACAAACUGUACAACAACGCCGUCAAGUGCCUUAACUCCGUCGGCACGAGGCUGAACAAGUGCAUGGACACUCUCAGCAACACGUUGCAUCGCGGCACGAGCAAGGCUCCUCCGAAGGAGGUCAUCCACUACUCCUGCUGCGCGUACCAUGACGCGCUGGAGUGCGUGGAAGACACCGUGUCCGGCUGCGACACGGACGCCGGCAAGGAGUUCAUGGUCGGCAGCAUGGAGAGCAUCUUCGGCGAGACCCUCAGUUUGGUGUGCGGCCAGUACUCCCGCGGCUCGGCGGCCUGCAAGCAGUUGCCGGCGCUGCCCGAACUCGCGCCCGACGAGACCCAGAUCACCAACGUCAUUGAGCUUGCCAUGAGAGUGGCCAGUUCGCUGGGCAAGAAGUAGGCUCCUGGUCCUUCGGUACACUCACUCCACGUGGACACAUGCCUCGCCUUCAACUUACGUUAUGUUACUGAUUACUCUGUUCCCUUAGCGGAAGGACGCAGAUGAUGGCAUAAGGCUAGAAUUUUAGGCAUGUUACUACAAUCUUAUCGUGUCAUAGAGGCCAAAGGCCAGCUGAUGGCGACGUAAGCCACCCUCCCGCUACCUGCUUAAAUAGCAGCUGUUGCUGGCGCUGUGCGCGAACUCACGCCAUCGAACUUUCAUGAGCCAUCACGGAAUCCUUGGAAGUCACACUCUCAUUUAUCAUCGCUAGACGAAAGAGAAGGGAAAUAGAUAUCAACCAGGGUUGCACCUCUGAGCGAAAGCUUGCUUUUAAGCCAGCGUUUUAUGGAUUCGAAUGAUCCAACCGAAGUUUUUUUUUCACGCAAGAACAGGCUGCUUGCCCAUGGUGAGGCCAUGAGCUGUGGCGCGAAGAAGCAGUUGUUUAUCUCCGCGACCAGCGGUCGCUUCCUCUGCCUUUACCAUGCAUGUUGCAUGAUUACCUUCGUAUGGUUUAAAGUAACAACGGAUCAAUAAAUGUCGACACAAACCUGGAGACAGCUGAAGGACCUAUGUAUAUUCCCUUUUUGGAAGUCAUAGUGACACCUUGUUAGCCGUAAUCGUGGUGCCACUAUCUUUAUGACGUCGAGGCAAUGCGCAUUUUCGAGGAGACUUUUCCACAUUUAAGUGCCACAACGCGCGCCCCUUCCCGCAUUAGAGAUUGAAAGCAGACUAAGGCAAGAAGGGAGAUCAGCUAGACGAACGUCCGGUCUGCGGCCCUACACGGGAGAGGCGACUUGGUGCUGUAGCAUUCGCUUUGACAUUUGUCUAACUUCUUACUUUUGCUAGUCUACUCACAGCAUCCUCGAAUUGCCUGCGUUGAACGCAUCUCCAUGAUAUUCAUGAUGUAUGAAUGUGUCCUACUUAAUGCAGAAACCUUCAUGUAAUGUGCACUUUUCGCGGCACGCUGUGUGCAAUGCAGGAAUGCUUAUUCCUCGGAAACAGUUCGCCCAAUUUUUCUGCGUGAGGAGAAUGGAUGAUUGUUGGAUGCCUGCUGCACAUUGGCAGAAUAAGGCACAUUUAUGUGGUGGAAUAAAGAGUGAUAGGUUAAGCGUGAAAGAAUAUAUGUUUCUUUUUAGCCGAGAGAUCCACAAAAUAAAAAUAUUGACCAUUCA